AUCACUAAAAAAUAAUUAUAAAUUUGGAAAAAGUUAUUUCAAAAUAAAGAUUAAUAAAUAUUUUUUCAAAAAUACAAAAAGAAGUAAAAUAUGAUUAAAGAAAAAAAAAUUAAUAGUGAGAAAAAAUGAUUUUUUGAUGAUUGUUUAGCCAAAAAAAAAAAAAAAAAUUCUAAAAAUGCUCUCUUUAAAAUCAAUAAAAAAGAAAACAAAAAUAUUAAAAAGUGCUAUAUGAAAAUGUAUUUGCAAUUUUUUUCUUUUUUUCUUUUUGUUUCGAAAAAAAUGUUUCUUAAACUAAUUAGAAGGUUUUAAAAAGUUUUUUAAAAAAAUGAAGUAAUUUUAAAAUUUGAUAAAUAAUUAUCAAAAAAAAUAAUAAUUGGUUCACACACACACAAAGAGAGAUUUAUUUUCAUUGUGAGAGAGAAAUUGAAGGAGUAAAGUAUAGAAAUUCUCAAGUGCAAAGAUAAAUCUUGUGAAAUCUAUCAUUUGGAUUAGAAAAUUUUUCCUUUCGUUUACUUUGACUGUGAUUUAUUUGAAACCAAAACUAAUCGAGACAUUGGAAUUUCUUUUUCACCUCAAUAAUAGAGUGCAAAUUAGUGCAAUUUUGAUUUUUUAUUAAAAAUCGAAGAAAAAUCAGUAACGUCAAAAAAAAUUUUUUUUUUUUCAAAUUUAUCAAGUUUUCCUUGUCAAUUACACGAUUGACAUCCAAAAAUCAUGAAGUGGAUUUUAAUGUUUAUUGCAAUAACAGCGGCACUGCCGGCAGUGGUUAUAUCGCAAGCAGAACGCAAUAAACCCAUGCCACGCUUGUACGGGGAUAAAAUUCCCUCAAGGGUAUUAAUGCCAAGCAACAAAAAAGUUCAAAGGAAGAUUGUCCUUUACCAUAACUUUUUUCGGUCUCACGUAAAUCCACCAGCUGCAAAUAUGCUCGCUAUGAAAUGGCAUUCAGGGGCAGCAAGAGCAGCGCAAAAAUGGGCUGAGGCUUGUCUUGCAUUAACACAUGAUAAUGCUACUGGUUUGCACAUAGAUGCAUUCGGCACUUGUGGACAAAAUAUUUUUAUUUCAACUACCCAGGUGCCAUGGUUCUUCGCCAUAAAGACAUGGUAUUUGGAGAACAAGAUUUUCAGAUAUGGACCACGGGCAAUUAACGAUCUUUCAAAAGUUGGACAUUAUACACAAAUGGUGUGGGCAUCGACACAUCAAGUUGGUUGUGGUUGGACAAAAUGUAACAAAAGUGUUCCACCACUUGGUGUUCCAUAUUUUAGCUACGUGUGCAAUUAUUGUCCAGCAGGCAAUUACGCUGAUAGUUUGAGUACACCCUAUACAGCUGGACCUUCUUGCAGUGACUGUAAGCAUCAUUGUCGCAUAGGUAAGCUUUGCAAAAAUUCAUGUCCAUGGGCCGAUCUUUGGGCGAAUUGCCGUCAACUUUACGAAACUCUACCCGAUUGGCUUUGUCACAGUGACACAGAACAGGGUUUAAAACGUCAACAAUUUUGUCGUGCUACGUGUAAAUGUCGUGAUAAAAUCUACUGAAUAUAAUAUAGAAUGAAAGAAUUAUAAAUAAAAUACAUGGAAAAAAAAAUAUUUACCUGAAACAGCGAAAGAUUUCACUAGAAUAGUGAAAUAUUUAACUGAAACAAGUAAAACUUUUACUAGUAUUAGUGAAACAUUUCGUUGUUCCAGGUAAUUUUUUUUAUAAUUAUAUACACAAAUGGGAGGCUGUGAUUCGUUUGAACGUGAGUAUAAUAAUUUUUUUUCUUUAUUUAUAUAUAGACGAUAAAAGUUCGUAAAAUUUAAGUCAACAUGAAAAAUUAAAUUUAAAAAUUUUUAAAAACCCAAAAAAUAAAAUUAAUUUUAAAAUUAAAAAAUUCUGAAAAAAAGUUAACAAAAAUUUUAUCGACUGUUAAAAAAAAACUAGAAAAUAUAAAAAAAUUAUUAUUAUAAUAAAAAUGUAUAAACUUCAGAUAAUAGUAUUAAUUUUGCAGAAAUUUCAUUUCAAAUUCGCAAUCCAACAUUUUAUUAAAGUAACAACAAAUAAUAAUUUAAGUUUACUAUUGCAAUAUCAAAAAAAAAAAAGUUAUUUGUUCGCAUUUUUCUUUCGAUUGACAUUAUAUUAAAACCGGAAAUAUAUACGAAAGAAAAAUAUAUAAAGCAGAAUAAAAAAGAUAUAUUCGUUCAGAUUUCUCAACAAUUGGAAAUUGACAUAACGUCCUUUUUUCAAGGAGAAAACGGUUUCAGGGUGCUUGAUGUAAAGUUUGUGUUAUUGUAAAUAAAAUUAGAGUAGUAAAAAUUUUAAAUACUGAGAAAAAAAGAAAAAAAUUUUUUCCUUCUAUCAAAAUAUUUCAAUGUAAAUAAAAGACAUUUUUCUUAACGCAAUUUAAAAGAAAAGAAAAUUAUUUUUAAAAAAAUUUCAUUAUUUUAUUUUUUACUAUUUAUAAUAAAUAUAAGAAUUAAAAUAUGUAAUUUCAGUAAUUUACUCCUUCUUCGAUUUUUUUUCUCAGUAUAUAAAUUUAUACACUAAGUAUAAACAAUAUUUUGAACAUAUUUUAUAUCAAAAAAAAAAAAAAUAAAUAAAAUAAAAAAAAUUGGUAUAUAUGAAGCAAACAAUCAAUGCGAAUAAUAGAUGUGUUAAAGUAUGUGUCUCUAAAUUAUAGGGAAGAUGUGUGUUUUCACGUAUUAAUAAAUUCAAAUUAUAUUAUCUCCUUUCAACAUAUCAAAAAUUAAGAUAAACUUUCACGGAGAAAAAAAGUUAGCCAUAUUAGCUAAAAUUUAGCUAUUUUAGCUAACCCUAUUUGCUAUUAUAUUGACAGCAAUUUUCGUUAGCUAAUACAGCUAAAAAUUACCUACUAUAGCUAAAAUAGUUUGCUGUAACAGCUAAAAAUUAGCUACUAUAGCUAAAAUAGUUUGCUGUAACAGCUAAAUAUUAGCUACUGUAGCUAAAAAUUAGCUAUCCAUAUAAUAGCAAACUCAUUUUUCUCCGUGUUGGUUUCUUUAAUUUCGAAUUUUUUUCUCAGUUUUAAAUCGAAUAACGAAUUGUUAAAAUAUAUUUUCCAAAAAUAUUUCGUAAAAUUAUCUCGAGGUAAAAUUAAAAUUAUCUACGAAAUUUAUAAUUAUUCAAAAUUUAUAUUUUGCCGAAAUUAACGAAAUUUUUACAUAUAUUUACGAAAAAAAAUACGAAUGUAAAAUACAAAUAUAUAUAUAUAUAUAUAUAUAUAUAUAUAUAUAUAUACAAAAAUAUAUUAUAAAAAUCACGAAUAAUGUUAAAAAUAAGAAAAAAAUUGUGUGGCACAUAAAAAAUUGUGCCAUUAGAUGUUUAUGACAUUUAUAUAUAAAUACAUAUAAGAAAAUCUCACAAUUAUAGCGUAAAAAAAUCGAAAAUUUGAAAAUCAUGAAACUGUAGAAAA